CACGUGACAUAACGUAAUCCCAUAGCAGAAGAGCUCCGCCAUAGCUGUUGUUGUUUUGGAUAUCGACAGAGAAAGAUCAAGGCUAAAAAUCUCUCUAAUAAUGUCGUCCCCAAGUCCUGGGAAGCGUCGGAUGGACACAGACGUUGUAAAACUCAUUGAAAGUAAACAUGAAGUGACCAUCUUGGGAGGCCUCAAUGAGUUCAUGGUCAAGUUCUAUGGACCCUCUGGCACGCCAUACGAGGGAGGUGUGUGGAAAGUACGGGUUGACCUCCCUGACAAGUACCCGUUCAAAUCACCCUCCAUUGGUUUCAUGAAUCGUGUUUACCACCCAAAUAUUGAUGAAGUACCUGUCCAACAUCUUUGAGUCGUUCCUGCCCCAGCUGCUCACCUACCCCAACCCCAUCGACCCUCUCAACGGAGACGCCGCAGCAUUAUACCUCCACAAGCCAGAGGAGUACAAAAAGAGAGUCAGAGACUAUGUCCAGCGCUAUGCGACAGAGGAAGCCCUGCGUGAGUCAGAACAGGCGUCGUCUUCCAGUGAGUCCUCUAUGAGUGACUUCUCCGAGGACGAGGCUCAGGACAUGGAAUUAUAAUAAUAGGACCUGGUCCCUUCACUUGGGGUCCAUGCGCAACACAACUUAGCCUUUGUUUUUCCAAUUGUACACUCAAAGCAAAAGAUGUCAUCUUGUACAUAAAAUUUGCAUUCUUUUUCAUCCAUGUUGGAUUGUAUGUGUGUGUGGCCAGUGAAACUGCCUGUUUUUGUUUUUGAUUAUGUUUUUAAAAACUGUUUUCAUUUUUAACCACUUAUACCCUCCUGUGUUUUGUUCAUUCGGUGGAAAAAUGCAAAACCAGUUGUCUUAACGUGCUCAAAAUAGAACUUUAUGGGACGGUUAAGUCUGAUUUGAUUUGGGUGGAAAGCCUAGUUGGAAGUUGUAAUAUUCGUACAUUAUUGCAAGAAAUCAAACUGGCAGAACACUGUAAGAAGGUUCUAAUAUUUUCAUGGUUGUGAAAAAUGAGGAAAAUUCGUUACACGCGGCAAGGUUAGGAUGGAGAAUGGUUCUUGGAACUAAAAGAAAGGGAAAUCCGACACGUGUGUAAUGACUAAGGAAUUUGAAGGACUAUUUCUGUAGAGACCAUGGCCGUGUUUUGUCGUUUAAAAUGUCUUAAAGAUCACAAGGAUAUUUCUGUAUUACUUGUAAGAAUUUCAUCAAAAACUUUUCCGCAAGUUGGCAAACAAAAGAUGAAACGUAUCUGUUUUGGAUUUUGAAAAAAAUUAAUUUGUUAAGCAUAGUAAUAGCAAAUUUAGUGAUAAUCUAGUCUAAAAAUGUAUUUUUAUGUUUUUCGUUUCAAUGAUGUACUUGUUUUAUUGAUUAACAAAUAACUAUGAGUGGGAACCUGUUUUUAACUCUCCUGGUUUUGCUCUUUAACCUCUGCUCAGUUGUAGGAAGUAUGCUUUACCUUCUUGACAUAAUCCCAAUCAAUAUUUUCAUCUUGUAAAUAGAACCAAACGGAUG